AUGGUGAAGCAUAGAAAACCGAAUGUGCAAAUUAAACAUGGUAAUAAUAAUGAAUCUAGCUCAAGUUCGGGCACUAGUGAGAGCUCGAUGGCUAGUCGGACUUUUCACCUGGUAUCUAUAUGGAAGACAGGUGUAGGGGUACUGUGUCUUAUCAUAGCAGUGUAUGUGGGGACCUUGGGAUAUCUGGAAACGAGAGUAAACACUCCACUCGAUGAGGAAAAGGCAGUCCAAGAUUCUGGUUUGGCUGUGCCUGAGAGGUACUGGGGCACAUACAGGCCAGGAGUAUACUUUGGAUUGAAGAGUAGAGAGCCCCGAUCACCUGUAUUUGGGUUGAUGUGGUAUGAACUUGCAGAUACAGUACAUAAAGGAAUUAGGCAUUGGUGUGACCAAAAGGAUAACUUACCAUCAUAUGGCUGGCUCCGGCAUGAUGGUAUACAUUUUGGUGAACAAACAAUAUCAGAUCCUCCACACAAUAUACAUACCUCCUUUAUAAAAACCCUUGGAGGGGAGCAUGGGGGACAUUGGACUGCACGGAUUAAUGUUACUUCUACUGGUAAAGUGAAUAUCCCUUUUGUAUUGAUCUGGUAUGGAGCGUUGGAUGAGUCUCUAGGCGCGGGGGCACACUCGCGGCUGUGGACGGAGCGGGGGGCUGUGUUGGGGCACACUCCUGCACUUGGGAACUUUAGGGUGCAUCUAGUACCGUAUUCGGGAAAAUUAAUCCAUACGUCAUAUUCGGAAGCACACGCCGCAAGCUUGCAUUUGCUCAAAGAAAAGUUCUAUUCGCUGUUGGAAGUUGAGAACCAUCCAAAUUUAGGACGUCUUGCUGUUUUGGGGAAAGAUGAGGAGCUCGAUGAGAAGGAUAAAGAAGUAAAUUUUGUCCCAAUACAAAUGCUAAUUGAGACUCCCUUUGUACUGGACAUAGUGUAUACUACGGAAGACCUGCCAAUGCCUCCGGUGAAGGGUGACGAGUAUUCAAAGGCUUUGGACUACAUGAGGGAGACCUUCGAUGAGAAGUUUGAGGAUGUUUUCAAGUUGAAGCAGAAAGGGUAUACAGAGGAAGAUAUAAAUAUAGCCAAGGCCGCCAUGUCCAACAUGGUGGGUGGUAUCGGCUACUUCUACGGUGCGAGUCGCGUGCGCUCGCACUACACCAAGGAGCCCGUGCCCUACUGGCGGGCGCCGCUGUACACCGCCGUGCCGAGCAGAUCGUUCUUCCCCCGUGGCUUCUUAUGGGACGAGGGUUUCCAUGGUCUGCUGGUGGGGCGCUGGUCUCCCGAGAUCGCCCUGGACGUGGCAGCGCACUGGCUGGACCUCAUCAACGUGGAGGGCUGGAUCCCCAGGGAACAGAUCCUGGGCGCGGAGGCGGUCGCGCGCGUGCCCAAGGAGUUCCUAGUGCAGAGCAACGCGGCCGCCAACCCGCCCAUGCUGCUGCUGCAGCUGGCGCGGCUGCUGCGCGCGCGCCCCAAGCCCUUCCAGCGCCACGCGCCGCUGCGGGCCGCGCUCGACCGCAUGUACCCGCGGCUGCAGGCGUGGUACCAAUGGUUCCAAAGCACGCAAAAGGGCGAGGAGCCGACGACGUACCGCUGGCGCGGCCGCGAAGACGACGGCACCCAGCUCAACCCCAAAACUCUGACAUCUGGCCUGGAUGAUUAUCCGAGAGCGUCCCACCCGUCCGACAUAGAGCGGCACGUGGACCUCCGCUGCUGGAUGUACGCGGCCGCCGACGCCAUGGUCACCAUCUCGCAGGCGCUGGAGAGGGACAGCGAUAAAUUUGAAGCCACUCGAGAUCAAUUAGGAGAUGAAGAUCUAUUGAAUGAACUCCACUGGUCCCCGCACACGCAGACGUACGCGGACUUUGGUCUUCACACAGACGGUGUGAGGUUGGUCAGACAGCACAGCAAAAACAAGAAAGAAGGUUCGAGAGUAAUUCGCAGCGUUACUAUAGCUCCUCAGCCGAGGCUGGUCACAUCGGCUUUUGGAUAUGUGUCACUGUUUCCGAUGUUGCUGAAAGUUCUGCAGCCUGAGAGCGAGAAGUUGGGCAAAAUCCUCGAAAUGCUCGACAAACCGGACUUGCUAUGGUCGCCAUAUGGAUUAAGGUCCCUAUCAAAGCUGUCCCCUCUCUAUAUGAAGCGCAACACGGAGCACGACCCGCCGUACUGGCGAGGCCAGGUGUGGGCCAACAUCAACUACCUGGCGCUGGCCGCGCUGCGCCACUACAGCCAGCGUGGACCACACGCGGUCCGCGCUACAGACUUGCAUCGUCGUCUGCGUGAGAACUUCGUGCAGAACGUGCUGUCCGAGUACAAGCGCACGGGGUACUUGUGGGAGCAGUACUCGGGCGAGGACGGUAAGGGCAGCGGCUGCAAGCCCUUCACCGGUUGGACCGCGCUCGUUGUCCUCAUCAUGGCGGAUGAGUAC